UGUAGACUAGACCUGGCCCCUUCCUUUCCUUCCUUCCUUCCCCUCCCCAGGUGUGAGUUCCCCGCCCGCCCCAUUCCUCCUCCUCCUCCUCCCCUCCCACCGACGAGAUGACGAUGAGGUGAGCCGUGGUCUACUCUCCGGGCCGUGGCCGACGCCGACGAGCAGCUUGCCCCACCCCCGCCAUCUCCUUUUUUUCUCGUCCACAAUACACUAGCUGUGGAAGGAAGAGAUGGAGGACGGCGGCAAGGCGCCGGCCAGCCUGGGCACCCUGCGCGCGGUGCUCGCCAUCCUCCAGUGGUGGGGCUUCAACGUCACCGUCAUCAUCAUGAACAAGUGGAUCUUCCAGAAACUGGAUUUCAAGUUUCCUCUCACCGUGUCCUGUGUCCACUUCAUCUGCUCUUCAAUUGGAGCUUACAUUGCAAUCCAUGUGCUUAAGGCGAAACCGCUGAUUCAAGUUGAACCGGAGGACCGCUGGAAGCGGAUAUUUCCAAUGUCGUUCGUCUUCUGCAUAAACAUUGUGCUGGGAAAUGUGAGCCUGCGCUACAUUCCAGUCUCCUUCAUGCAGACAAUCAAAUCUUUCACUCCUGCAACCACAGUUAUUCUGCAGUGGCUAGUCUGGAAUAAGCAUUUCGAGUGGCGCAUAUGGGCUUCGCUCGUCCCCAUAGUUGGGGGAAUACUCCUGACUUCGGUGACAGAGCUUAGCUUCAACAUUUUUGGUUUUUGUGCUGCCAUGGUUGGCUGCCUGGCUACAUCUACAAAGACCAUCUUGGCAGAGUCCCUGCUCCAUGGAUACAAAUUUGACAGCAUUAACACGGUGUACUACAUGGCACCCUUUGCCACCAUGAUACUGGCUCUACCAGCAAUGUUGCUUGAAGGAGGUGGUGUAAUCAACUGGUUCUACACACAUGAUUCCAUCGUUUCUGCGUUGAUUAUCAUCCUAGGUUCAGGGGUGCUUGCGUUUUGCCUUAACUUCUCCAUCUUCUAUGUCAUCCAUUCAACGACAGCAGUGACUUUCAACGUUGCUGGCAACCUUAAAGUUGCGGUGGCUGUGUUAGUGUCAUGGUUGAUCUUCCGGAAUCCAAUCUCUGCAAUGAAUGCAAUUGGAUGUGGAAUCACCCUGGUUGGUUGCACUUUCUAUGGCUACGUGAGGCAUCUGAUCUCACAACGGCAGGCUGCAGCCCCAGGGAGUCCAGGAACAGCGCCUGCGAACCUUUCAAGAAAUCAGAUGGAAAUGCUUCCCCUUGUGGACAACAAGCAAGAAAAGGUUUAGCAAGUUGGCAUUUCUGCAGUGGAAGAGGUACAUACAAACAGAUGGUAUGCCCAGAGAAGACUGACCGUGGCGAUAUAGUGCUGGGUUCAAUGAAGGCUGCAUAAGCUAGGGCUCGCAAUAGUUUCUUCACUUCUUGAAGAGAGAAUUAUAUAUGUACUCAUGCGUGUGUGGUGAGGUUGGUCAUAGACUAGUAAAUUGGAACUUCUUAUAGCAUCUUUUCCUCCUUCCAUUUGUGAUAUUAGUCUCCAGUAUCAGAAUUCAAUUCCUUAUUAGGAAGGUUGAUUUGCUGUGGUGUCUAUGCUUAUCCUACA